AUGAAUACCUCGGACUUCGAUGCACUGGCCAAGCAAGUGUACAUAAAUUUGGAUGUUAUUAACCAUCAUCUAGGCGAAGCCAAAACUGAUUCAAAAUUGCUAACCAAAACAGCUGACUCCGAGAAUCUCCUCGAGUCCUUGUUGACCCUUGCAAAGGAACUUAAGUCGCCUCCAGAUAUCGCAUCGCAGAAUGCUGUAGAUCUGGCGAAACGUCCAAGUGAGGAAGAAAUCGACACACUCUUUGAUGUCCUUCGAUCUCGACCAACGGCAGCUAACGGCAAGCAUCAGCGACAAGGAUCGUUUAAGAAAAACACACCGUCGCCACUGCAGCAGUCAAGACUCCUGAACGAAACCAACCUGCUGGGCAACACAACAACUUCGUUGACCAAUUCGUGCUCCGAUCUUACGAAUUCAAUUAACAAAACACAACUUAAGCAGCCAACCAUUGAUGUGGAAGCGGCUGUUGGAAGACUUCGCCGGGCAGCAGAGCUGCUGGGGACAAUAUCAAGUGAACAAAUACAGUCCGUUGAUUUGUCUCAAAUUCGCCAACGUUGCCAAACCGAAUGGAAAGCUAGAAUGAGGGCCUGUCGUAAUGUCGAACAACUUCUUAACGAUACACUGCAUGAAACGGACAGGAGCGGUACGAAUGUGGUGAAAAAGGAACCCCUAGUAGGGACCGCAUUGGUUAAAUCGAUACAGCAAUUGCAAACGAAAUUACAUUUGGCCGUAUUUAUCAAGGAACAGGAAGCUCCGCCUGAUUUGACUAAAACCCUCAGCAAGGCAGCAUUACCCUUAUCGGAGUGUAUCGACUCCAUCGAAGAAACGUUAAGACAGCAGAAGCUGUGA